AUGAUUGUUCGGUCUUCAGCCACUAAGACCGUGGCUCGAGCGGCUGCGAAGACAGCUUCACGAUCUGCCACCCCCCCCAUUGCCGCCACAAGCUCCUCGACCCUCCAAACCCGCUCCUACGCCACCGUUCAAGAAGGACAACCUCGGCAGAGAAGAUAUGGAGGUCUGAAGGACCAGGAUAGGAUAUUCCAGAACCUCUAUGGCCAUCAUGGCACGGAUCUCAAGAGCGCAAUGAAAUAUGGGGACUGGUACAGGACCAAGGACAUCAUAUUAAAAGGCCAUGACUGGUUGAUCAACGAGAUCAAAGCGUCGGGUCUGCGAGGAAGAGGUGGUGCUGGCUUUCCUUCGGGCUUAAAAUUCUCAUUCAUGAAUUUCAAAGGCUGGGAAAAUGACAAAAAGCCCCGAUACCUUGUCGUCAAUGCCGACGAAGGCGAGCCUGGAACCUGCAAAGACCGGGAAAUCAUGCGCAAGGACCCGCAAAAGCUCGUUGAGGGAUGUUUGGUUGUCGGCCGCGCCAUGAACGCCACAGCAGCAUAUAUCUAUAUUCGCGGCGAAUUCUACCACGAAGCUACUGUCCUCCAACGAGCGAUCCAAGAGGCAUAUAAGGAGGGUUUAAUCGGUAAAAAUGCAUGCGGAUCCGGAUACGAUUUCGACAUCUACCUCCACCGCGGCAUGGGUGCCUACGUUUGUGGCGAAGAGACUUCCCUAAUUGAGUCCCUCGAAGGCAAGGCCGGUAAACCUCGUCUGAAGCCUCCUUUCCCAGCUGCUGUCGGACUAUUCGGCUGCCCUUCUACAGUCACAAACGUCGAAACCGUCGCAGUCUGUCCUACCAUCGUCCGACGCGGAGCGAAAUGGUUCGCUAGCUUCGGCCGCGAACGUAACCAAGGCACCAAACUCUUCUGUAUCUCCGGCCACGUCAACAACCCGUGUACGGUGGAAGAGGAAAUGUCGAUCCCCCUCCGCGAACUGAUCGAAAAACACUGCGGCGGCGUGCGCGGCGGGUGGGAUAACCUGCAAGCCGUGAUUCCCGGCGGCUCCUCGACCCCGAUCUUGCCCAAACACGUCUGCGAUGACCAACUAAUGGACUUUGACGCGCUCAAGGACUCGCAAUCUGGUCUAGGCACUGCGGCGGUGAUAGUGAUGGACAAAUCUGCUGACGUCGUCCGCAUGAUUGCCAGAUUGAGCGCCUUCUACAAACACGAGAGUUGCGGCCAAUGCACGCCCUGUCGCGAAGGCAGCGCCUGGACGGCCAAGAUGAUGGAACGUUUCGAAAAGGGCCAAGGCCGUAUCAGAGAAAUCGAUAUGCUACAGGAGCUCACCAAACAGGUUGAAGGACACAGUAUUUGCGCUCUGGGCGAAGCCUUUGCCUGGCCUAUUCAAGGUCUCAUCCGACACUUUAGACCUGAACUCGAGAAGCGUAUGGAAGAGUAUGCCUCAAGUUCAGGUGCCGAAGCACUUGCGGGCGGCUGGGAGCAUGAUGCUGCAAAGAAGGGGUUGCUUGUUGCUCCGGGGCAAUAG